GUUCGCCUUCCUCACACGUCUGUGGGGGUGUUUUUUGGUUUGUGUUCCGUGAUUGAGGAAGUCUUCGUGCGGGAUGCCUGAGCCAGCCAAGUCCGCGCCUGCUCCCAAGAAGGGCUCCAAAAAAGCCGUGACCAAGACCCAGAAGAAAGGGGAUAAAAAGCGCCGCAAGAGCAGGAAGGAGAGCUACUCCAUCUACGUCUACAAAGUCCUCAAGCAGGUCCACCCGGACACCGGCAUCUCCUCUAAGGCCAUGAGCAUCAUGAACUCUUUCGUCAACGACAUCUUCGAGCGCAUCGCCGGCGAGGCUUCCCGCCUGGCCCACUACAACAAGCGCUCCACCAUCACAUCCCGCGAGAUCCAGACGGCCGUGCGCCUCCUGCUCCCCGGGGAGCUGGCCAAGCACGCCGUCUCCGAGGGCACCAAGGCGGUCACCAAGUACACCAGCUCCAAGUAAGCGGAGCCGGCGCUGCUUGAGGAAGGAAGCUUCAGAAUCUCCCCAAAAGGCUCUUUUCAGAGCCAC